AUGCAGCAAGCCCAACCACCUCUUCAGUACCAGCUAAAUAUUUCGCAAUCGUUUCAACCCGAUCAGUUGCAAGUACAGUGGAUACAAUUUCAGCAUCAUCUAGCCGCGAGACAGGUCGUACCAAAAGAACUCCCGAUGUUCACGGGUAAUCCUGAGGAUUGGCAAUUGUUCGUGAGCAGCUACCGGAACUCAACCGCGAUGUGUGGCUACUCAGAUGCGGAAAAUCUCAUGAGACUGCAAAGGUGCCUGAAGGGAAGUGCGCUGGAGGCUGUCAGGAGCAAUCUACUGCUGCCUACGUCAGUUCCUCAAGUGAUGUCAACGCUGGAAACACUUUUCGGGAGCCCGGAUCGCUUGUUGCAGACUAUGUUGAACAAAGUGCGCAAUGUUCCGGCGCCUAAAGCAGAGCGGUUGGAAACUUUAGUGAAUUUUGGCAUCACCGUGCAGAAUUUAGUUGAGCAUCUGAAAGCAGCGAAUCAGCAAGCUCACUUGAUGAACCCUUCGUUGCUCAACGAAUUGGUGGAGAAAUUACCAGCGAAUAUCCGAUUAGAUUGGGCGCUACACAAGCAGAGAGCCGGAUUUGCUGACCUUGGUACGUUUAGCGAGUACAUGGUGGCGAUAACAUCGGCAGCCAGUGACGUGACGCAGUUCAGCGAGCGCGACUGCCAGCGAGAUUACCGAUACGAGAGACAACGACCAAAGGAGAAGGCGUACAUGAACAACCACUCUUCUCCAGUAGUACGUAAGUCAGAGGUAACCGGAGGUAAGCAAGUAGAUUAUCCAGCUAGGCCGUGUUACACUUGUCAAAGCCUCAAGCAUAGAAUUAGGGACUGCGCUAGGUUUAAGUCGCUUUCACUUGGGGACCGCUGGAAAGCCGUCAGCACUCACCAGCUGUGUAAAAUAUGUUUGGUGCCACAUGGAAAGUGGCCCUGCAAGUCCAAUAAAGUGUGUAAUGUAGGGGGUUGCUCGAAGGGACACAACACACUGUUGCAUCCCGGUUUUCCAGAAGAGUUACGUGGCCGACCUGGGAAUAGCUCACCAGCCGUCGUUUCUGUUCAUCGCCAACUACAGAAUACGAUUCUUUUCCGCAUCAUCCCAGUGACUCUGUAUGGUGAAGGGACGCAAGUUUCAACCUUUGCUUUCCUCGAUGAAGGGUCAUCCUUGACUCUGAUGAAUGCCGAGAUCGCCAGACAGUUGAAUAUCGUCGGAGAAGUCCAUCCAUUGUGCUUAACGUGGACAGGGAACGUUAAGCGGAGGGAAAAAGAAUCACAGCAAGUUAGCCUGCAAAUCUCGGGUUAUUCAAACAAAACAAAGUUCGUUCUGGGCGAUGUACGCACUGUGGCUGGGCUGGCUCUACCAACACAAUCGCUACGUUAUCGAGACCUGGCGAGGAAGUAUUCGCAUCUAGAAGGUCUUCCUAUUCAAGACUACGAGAGAGCUGUUCCAGGAAUCCUGAACAACGUUCCAGGAAUCCUGGACAACGUUCACUUGUCUAUUCCACUACGAAGAAGGGAACGAGGAGUUCGAGAACCGAUUGCAGCAAAGACAAGACUAGGAUGGACCAUAUUCGGCUGUGUUGGAGAUCCUGCAGAAGUAGAUGUGUCGCCGUCGUUCCAUAUUUGCGAGUGUACUAAUCUUGAAGGACUUCACGGGCUGGUGGAAAGUUUUUUUGCAGAGGAAAGUCUUGGAAUAUCAGUUCAACGUACGCUAGAAGGCGAUGAAGAUCGACGGGCAAGAGAAAUUUUAGAAAACACCACGGUGCAACUAGACAACGGACGCUAUGAGACUGGGUUGCUGUGGCGUAACGACGAUGUGAAGUUUCCUUCAAGCUAUGCUAUGGCGAAGAGCAGACUAUCUUGCCUUCAUCGCCGACUAAAAUCCAAUCCGGAGUUGCUAACAACUUUGGAAACACAGAUUGUGGAUUACCAGGCGAAGGGUUACGCACACAAAGUGUCGAAGCAUGAAUUUGAGAAAUUUAAUCCCAGUCGAACUUGGUUUCUACCACUGGGAGUAGUCAUUAAUCCAAGGAAACCUGGGAAAGUCCGGAUGAUAUGGGAUGCAGCCGCUAAAGUAGGUGGAGUCUCGUUUAACGGGAUGCUUUUGAAGGGUCCAGAUCUGACACCGUUGCCGAAAGUGUUGUUUCAGUUUCGCCAACGACAGGUGGCGGUAGUAGGAGAUGUGCGUGAAAUGUAUCAUCAGUUUUUUAUUCGCGAAUCCGACCGCUCGGCCCAGUGUUUCCUGUGGAGCUCUGCUGCGGCGCAGUCCCCGGAUGUUUUUGUUAUGGAUGCAGCGACUUUCGGUUCAACGUGCUCGCCAUGUCAGGCUCAGUUUAUUAAGAAUAUGAACGCUAAGAACUGGGCCACCGAAUUCCCAGAAGCGGCAGUAGCAUUAAUAGAAAACCACUAUGUGGAUGACUACUUAGAUAGCAGGGACACGGCAAAGGAAAUGUCUAAACUAGCAGCAGACGUUCGAACGGUUCACGCAAAAGCCGGAUUCGAAAUAAGGAACUGGCAGUCUAAUUCGGAGGAAGUUCUGGCUGAUCUAGGAGAGCAACGCAUAACCAAAUGGAAGGAGUUUAACAACGACAAAGUUAACAAUAUCGAACGUGUACUUGGUAUGACUUGGCUCACUGAAAGGGAUGAGUUUACCUUUAGCCUUUCUCUACCAGAUGAUUUGCAAUGCCUCGUACUGGGAGACGCUGUACCCACAAAGCGGAGGAUUUUACGGUUCAUCAUGAGUCUGUACGAUCCACUCGGGCUAAUAUCGUAUAUUCUUAUCCACGGAAAAAUUAUUAUCCAAGAUUUAUGGCGAAGUGGAGUCGGAUGGGAUGAUUCAAUCCCUAAAGAAGUCGACGAAAUUUGGCGAAGAUUUGUGAACGUUAUUAGCGAGCUAAACCAAGUCCACGUACCACGCUGCUACUUUCCCGGAUAUGGUCAGGGUAGCUACGAAUCAUUAGAACUCCAUGUCUUUGUGGAUGCAAGCCUGUCCGCUAUGGCUUGCGUGGCCUUUUUUCGAAUAAACGACCGAGGAUUAUUACGCUGUUCGUUAGUGGCGUCGAAAGCUAAAGUUGCUCCCUUGAAGCCACUCUCAAUUCCGCGACUGGAGUUACAGGCAGCAGUUUUAGGAUGUCGACUAAUGAAAGCUAUCGUCAACAGUCACUCUAUAGCUAUCAAGAAACGGUAUAUCUGGACUGAUUCAAACACUGUUUUGUCGUGGAUACGGUCAGAUGCCAGAAAGUAUCGACCAUAUGUAGCGGUACGCGUAGGUGAAAUCUUAGAUGACACCAAAGUGCAAGAGUGGAGGUACGUACCGUCAGGACUUAAUGUCGCCGAUGAUGCAACGAAAUGGAAGGGCUUUCCUAACCUCCGGCCAACCUGUCGAUGGUUCAAGGGUCCUGACUUUUUGAACAAAAUGGAACACGAUUGGCCCAAGCAGAAAGUGGAUUUGGUUGAAGCUAAGGAAGAAAUGCGCACGGUUCAGGUACACUACGAAGAAGUCAGAGAGCGUUUCAUCGAUUCCAGCCGUUUUUCGAAAUGGGAACGUCUACUGCGAUCUGCUGCGUAUGUAUACCUAUUCAUUAGGCGGUGUCGAAGAGCUUCUACAUCAAUAGCAAGGUUGAAUCAGUCGGACUUCAGAAACGCUGAACGAGCAAUAUGGCGCUCGACUCAAUGGGAUGUUUAUGCGGAAGAAUGCAGCUCACUGGAGCGGAUCCAAGCUGUGAACGAAAGCAGCGCGAGCAUCGAUAAGAAAAGCAGCCCCUUGAGGAAACUAUCUCCUUUCAUCGGUGAAGGCGGCGUACUUCGCAUGGGAGGUCGCAUUGGAGCUUCGCAAUUUGCAUCGUACGAUGCGAAGUAUCCUGUUAUUUUGCCUAAGGGUCAUAGGGUCACCGACCUUAUUAUUGACAAAUAUCACAGACGUUACGGGCAUCAAAAUGGCGAAACUGUGGUAAAUGAAAUAAGACAGAAAUAUCACAUUUCGAACUUGCGGGCCGAAGUCCGCAAAGUGAACAAACGUUGUCAAUGGUGCCGUACAUACAAAGCUCAACCAAUGGUUCCACGGAUGGCCCCACUGCCUGAGGAACGGCUUACACCGUUUGAGUUUAGUAAAGCGAUGGGUUGUACUCUAUACACUUGCCUAGUAAUUAGAGCGGUACAUCUAGAGGUUGCCGCAUCUCUCUCAACUGAGUCGUGCAUGAUGGUGCUGCGCAGGUUUAUCGCCAGACGAGGGGCUCCUGAGCCAGUUUUCACCGACAACGGAACCAAUUUCGUUGGUACGGAACGGGAAUUGGCAAGAGAGCUGCAGAAUAUUAACGGAGAACUGUCGGAAAGUUUCACGAACACUAAUACGAAGUGGAAUUUUAUACCGCCUGCAUCUCCUCACAUGGGCGGAGCAUGGGAGAGGAUGGAGAACGUCGGAUUGUUCCUCUCAGAAACUUUGGCCCACCGUUGCUGGUUGCUGCAGUACAACAUGAAUGUGAAUUACAUCUUCAAGGGAUGCUACACGAUGGCUACCCACUCAAGCAUCGUUGGAAACGAUGAUGGUAGUGAUAGCGCAAUUUUUAGCUGGAGUGCCUAUGACGUGUCGAGAUGGAUGAUUUGA